AUGCGUUGGGAACGUGCUGCGAGGGGUGGUCCGCCCAGCAGAUUCUGGAGCUGGCGCGGACGCGCUUUCCGGAGCCGGAGUGCAGAGGGCUCGUACUCUACUUGUUCCCUGGUCGUCCCAUGCAUACACAUGGGCCAGGGCAGCUACGUCGGCCCCCCGGAGCCAGGCGACGAGGCGCAGGCGCGCCGGGGCAUGUACAGCGACGACACGAACGCGGCGCUGGCCCUGGCCUCCUCCCUCGUGGCCUCAGGCGGGCUGGACGGACGCCACGCCGCUCGCCAGUACGCGGAGUUCUUCUUCGACGAGGCGGUGAUGCGGCGCGUGCGGGACGGCGUGGACUACAAAACCGCGGGUUUGCCUCCGCACUUCCCCUUCCGGGACGGGUCCUACGCCAACGGGGGAGGCAUGCGGGCGUCACCCUUGGGCAUCGCGUUCCGCGACGCUUCCGCCGCGCAGGUGCGCGCCGCAGCUGCGGAGGCGGUGCGGAGCUCGCACGCGCACCCGGAAGCCGUGGACGGCGCCGCCGUGCAGGCGUAUGCCGUCGCACUUGCCGCGCGGCUCGGCGCCGCUGGCCGCGCCCGCGACUUCUGCCCCGCGGCCUUCCUGCGGGAGGCGGGCGCGGCGGCGAGCACGCCCGCCUUCCAGCGGCGCCUGGACGCGGUGCACCGCAGGUUCACGGCGCUCCGAGGGUCUGCCGAGGCGGACGACGUGCAGGUGCUGCGCUGGAUCGUGGACAGGUGCGACCCCCAGGACCGGCGCGAGGGCUCGGGGCUCGGCUUCCAGCUGGCCGCGGUGGACAUGGCGCCGUGCGUCCUCUGGAUAGCGGCCCGGUACCACCGUGUCCCGGAGGAGGCCAUCAUGCGAGCGAUUUCCAUCUCGGGCAGUGCCAAGGGGGGGUCGCCACUAUGA